GGAAGAUUCUUGUCAUGUUGUUUAGUCAUGGAAAAUAUUGGAAAUAUUUUAUGGUCACCAAUCAUGAAUAUGAAAGAGAGUUAUGCCAUUUUUAAACUCUAUGUUAAUGAGAUGAAGGGCUUGUUUUUCUCACUCUUUGGGUUUGUAUAACAUGAAUGUUUGUGUGAGGAAUAUAAACAAACUUUUAGUUUUGAAGCUAACUCAUUUAGUUAUAAGUGACUAGCUUUGUUUUAUGUUGAGAUAGUUCCGUGCUUGAUUGAUUUAUUUGGAAAUGGAAAUGAACUCUUUAAGUAGAUUUAAAGGAAAUAACAAGGCGUUAUUAGUUGUUUUGGUAUAAUUAUGUAAGCAAAACAUUUUAUUUUCUUUUUCUUUCUUAUUAUUUGAUAUAUAUAGAAAAAGUACUUAAUUAUACUUUAUUUUAUUGCACUAUUAUUUUCAUCAAUGUCUCUACAACCAUAUAUCUUUUCAUAAAAAAAAUCAUCAAAGUGAUAAAUAAAUGGAGAUGAACACAAACAAAAUUAUGACAAGCAUGGCUAUAACCGUGUAAAUCAUUGUUAUAAAAUUAUAAUAACUAUACACAAACAAUUACUUGGAAAGCACAUAGUAAUUCAAUUAAAUGCAAAAUUUCUUUAUUAUUUGAAAAAGACAAAAAAUAUGAGGUAUUUAAAUACAAAAAAUUCAAUGGGAUGAUUCAAGUGUUAAAUUAUUAGAAAUCAAAUCAAAUAUAAAAAUGUAACAUAAAAAUAAACAAGAGAUUGAUACUUUGACAAAAAUAUUGAAAAAGAUUUGUAUAAAAAAAAUUGAAUUGGAUUUUUGUUUUAAUUGAACUCCAUGGUUGAAUAAGAAAUAUGUCUUUUUUAAAAUUUCAAAUCCAAUUCAAAAAUCAAUGCAUAUUGUUUUAUAUUGGCACGUUUACAUCUUGUUGUAGACAAUAAAGUAUGAUAUAAUGAAUCUAGCUUUGAGAGUGGAAACAAAUUGGAGGAAUCGGUUACCAAAAGGAAAUGGAAAUAGUUACCUGAUUAUCUAAACAAACACAAAUAAUGAAUUUGCUUAUCUGUUUCCCGUACGGCAUAUGAAAAAAUGCAUAUCAUACACUCUCAAAGUGGUGGUGGGGACAAAGGAGAGAAGGUGGAGCAUAAUGGAAGGGAGAGGGAUAAAUUUUACCAUGUUUAAGAAAAACAAAAAUGAGUGGUUAGAUUUGAAACUUACAGAAUUGAAAAUAAGAUGCAUCGAUUUGGAAAGAAGAGAGUAGUUGUUUGUUGAAGAUGCAUCAGUUUGUUCAAAAAUGAGUGCUUAAAUAAACAACAAUUUGAUAGACGACAUAGUAAAUGUGUCACAUUACUCCUCUUUCCAGUUGAGAUUGCUACAUUUGAAAGCUCUCACAUUGAUAUUUAGAGGAGUGUAUCAAACUAUGUAGUAUGUGUCAUAACUCAUCCCACCUCUAGAAAACUAAAAAGAGUGAAAGCUUAUUCAAAUGGGAGAUCCAAACAAUUGGGUUUCGAAAUCGAUACUAGACAAGCUUAAAGUUUUGCCAGCACUUUCUUCAAAUUGUUGCAUCUACAAAGUUCCAGAAAGUCUUCGCAAGGUGAGUGAAGAUGCUUAUCGGCCCUUGGUGGUCUCUAUUGGCCCUUUCUAUUAUGGAGAUCCAAGACUAGUAGCUAUGCAACAACAGAAAUUGAGGUACUUGCAAUCUUUUCUUCAACGAUCUGCUUAUAAAAACUUAGAUUAUUAUGUGCAAGUUGUAAGAGGAUGGGAAGAGGUAGCUCGUCAAUGUUAUGUUGAGCCGAUUAGCCUACCUAGUGAACCUUUCAUUGAAAUGGUGCUCAUUGAUGCAACAUUCAUAAUUGAGCUUCUUUUAAGGGGCCAUUUCCGUGAAUUCAUUGAGGCAAAUGACCAUAUUUUUAAUACACCUAGAAUGAUCUUAGAAGUCACUCGAGAUAUAAGGAUCGAAGAAAACCAAUUACCAUUCUUUAUUCUUAAGGGUCUUUAUGACCUAGCCUUUGACCCCUCCUCUCAAAAUAGGCAACUUCCCUUCCUUGAUAUUACAUAUAGGUUUUUCAUGGGAAGAGACCAAGCUAUUCCUCCCACACUAGCAAUGAUUGAUGUUAAACAUUUGGUUGAUUUCCUUAGAGUAUGUUACUUGCCUUCUACGCUUCGAAUUCCAUCACCCAAUACCAAAAAAAAAUUUGAGUUUACUUCAAGUGUUAGUGAGCUCAGUGAAGCGGGAGUCAAAUUCGUGGUGGGAAGAAGUGAGAAUUUGCUCGACAUACGAUUCAACAAAGGGGUUUUGGAGAUUCCUAAGUUUGUGGUGACAGAUGAUACGGAAUCCUUGUUUCGAAACAUCAUGGUAUUUGAGCAAUGCCAUUAUUUCUUUGAUUCAUACAUCAUUGACUACUUUGCAUUCCUUGAUAGCUUGAUUAACACCCCAAAGGAUGUAGCCAUACUCAUCAAAAGUGGGGUGAUAGAGAAUUGGCUAGGGAAUAAUGAAGAAGUGGUGAAUCUGUUCAGCAAGAUCUUCAAGCAAACAAGGUUGAAGAGUUCAAACUUUUACUACUCGUGCACCUGUCAACAACUCAAUGCUUAUGCUAGUAUUCGUUGGAAUCAAUGGAAAGCCAUACUUAAGCAUAACUACUUCAACCAUCCUUGGGCUGCUAUUGGGGUAGUGUAUGCGAUUGUGAUGUUAAUUCUCACUGUCAUACAAGUUGUUACUGGCUUCAAAUAAGUAAAUAGCGAGUCGUACAAAGAGUUUGGACUAAGUUCUUAGGAUGUGCUCUUAUUGUAAAAUACAUGACUUGUUGGAAGCCCUGAUAUUCGAUAAAUAUAGAUAUCUUCAAUUUGAGUAGAUCGUAGUAAGAGUAUUAUUUAUCUUAAAGCUAAUUUCUAUAAUGUUUUGGGGUUUUUCGGGCAAUAUGUCUUCACAAUCAUUCUUUGAUCAUCAAAUCGCAGGCAGUGAGUCCGUAGCAGUGUUAAAGAAAUAGGAUUCUCCAAGAUCUUUUCAGUAGUUAAACAUUCAGCUGAUGCAUGAGUUGAUCAUGAAUUUCUGAAUAUUCAACUGUUCCUUUUCUGCUACGGAUUUGGGUUGACACUCGAGCCUUGCAAAAAACAAAAACUUAUUCCAAUGGGCCGAGUACGUUGGAUAUGUAUGAAACUAUGAUAAAAGCUAGGUCAUUUGUGGAAACUCAUCUUGUAUUUGCUCAUCACUAGAAGCUACUAUUUAUCAAUCUGAGUUUGGAACAUUGGAAAACUGAAUGAAUAUAUAAUCUCUAAGAAGUGCAACAUUUACCUUUGGGAGAUGACUCUACAAAGGCGUAUAAUUUGAUUGUUUGUGAACGUGAAUUAUAAUUAAAUGAAUUUGUUAAGUCUUAUGUACUUAUGUACGUAAAAUAGAA